CUGCGCUCGCUCUCUCCACCUCUCUCCUCUUUCUCUCUCGCUCCCUUCCUCUCUGCAACUGAACAGUGAAAAUUCACAUUGUGGAUCCGCUAACAGGCACAGAUGUCAUGUGAAAACGCACAUGCUCUGCCAUCCACACUGCCUUUCUUUCUUUUCUGUUUCCUUUUUUUCCCCCUUGAUCGUUCUCCCUCUUCUUUGUAACUAACAAAACCACCACCAACUCCUCCUCCUGUGGCUGCCCUUCUCCUCCUCCUCAGUCCAAGUGAUCACAAAAGAAAUCUCCGAGCCCGAGGCGGUGGCAUUUUUUUUUUAAGCAAGCACACUGGAGAGAAAGAAAAAAGAAACAAACAAACAAACAAAAGCAAAACAAAACGCGGGCACCAGCCAGCCAGAACAUUUUUUUUUCCAUCCUGCCUGAAAACAAACAAACAGCCAUCAAAAACAGUCAUCAGCAACAGCAUCAAAACUGUUAGCAUAGCGGCGGCGGCCACCGUCACGCUGUGGCCACGACGUCUGCCUAAAGGGAUGCUUGUCUCGGCAGAGCAGCUCUUCUCGGACCGUCUUCUUCCCUCGUGCUGAGCGGGAUUUUUGGGUUCUCUGGGGUUCGGGCUGGGAGCUUCAUGACUACGCGGAGCAGGACAGCGGCCACACCAUGCGAGCACAAAUUGAAGUGAUACCAUGCAAAAUUUGUGGUGAUAAAUCCUCUGGGAUCCACUACGGAGUCAUCACGUGUGAAGGCUGCAAGGGAUUCUUCAGGAGGAGCCAGCAGAACAAUGCCUCUUACUCCUGCCCAAGGCAGAGAAACUGUUUAAUUGACAGAACCAACAGGAACCGUUGCCAACACUGCCGAUUGCAGAAGUGUCUUGCCCUAGGAAUGUCGAGAGAUGCUGUAAAGUUCGGGAGGAUGUCCAAGAAGCAGCGGGACAGCCUGUACGCUGAAGUGCAGAAGCACCAGCAGAGGCUGCAGGAGCAGCGGCAGCAGCAGAGUGGGGAGGCAGAGGCCCUUGCCAGGGUGUACAGCAACAGCAUUAGCAACGGCCUCAGCAACCUGAACACCGAGGGCAGCGGCACCUACGCCAACGGGCACGUCAUUGACUUGCCGAAAUCUGAGGGAUAUUACAACAUAGAUUCUGGUCAGCCAUCUCCCGAUCAGUCAGGACUGGACAUGACUGGAAUCAAACAGAUAAAGCAAGAACCUAUCUAUGACCUCACAUCCGUACCCAACUUGUUUACCUAUAGCUCUUUCAACAAUGGGCAGUUAGCUCCAGGGAUAACGAUGACUGAGAUCGAUCGAAUUGCACAGAACAUUAUUAAGUCCCAUCUGGAGACAUGUCAGUACACAAUGGAAGAGCUACAUCAGCUGGCAUGGCAGACCCACACCUAUGAGGAAAUAAAAGCAUAUCAAAGCAAGUCCAGGGAGGCACUGUGGCAGCAGUGUGCCAUCCAGAUCACCCAUGCCAUCCAGUACGUGGUGGAGUUCGCAAAGCGGAUCACAGGCUUCAUGGAGUUGUGUCAGAACGACCAGAUUUUACUUCUGAAGUCAGGUUGCUUGGAAGUGGUUUUAGUGAGAAUGUGCCGUGCCUUCAACCCAUUAAACAACACUGUUCUGUUUGAAGGAAAAUAUGGAGGAAUGCAAAUGUUCAAAGCCUUAGGUUCUGAUGACCUGGUGAAUGAAGCAUUUGACUUUGCGAAGAAUCUAUGUUCCUUGCAGCUGACUGAGGAGGAAAUUGCUUUGUUCUCCUCUGCUGUUCUGAUAUCCCCAGACCGAGCCUGGCUGAUAGAACCAAGAAAAGUCCAGAAGCUUCAGGAAAAAAUUUAUUUUGCACUUCAACAUGUGAUUCAGAAGAAUCAUCUGGAUGAUGAGACCCUGGCAAAGCUAAUAGCCAAGAUACCGACUAUCACGGCAGUCUGCAACUUGCACGGGGAGAAGCUGCAGGUAUUUAAGCAAUCCCAUCCAGAUAUAGUGAACACACUGUUCCCUCCAUUGUACAAGGAGCUCUUUAACCCUGACUGUGCCGCCGUCUGCAAAUGAUGAGGAUGAGAGCUCUCAGU